AUCCUGGAAGAAGCUUCUCCUCCAUCCAUCACCGUCGAUUCGAAGAGCUUUAAUCGCAGUGGUUGGAUUGAACUUCUUUCGAAGUUCAACAGGAAUUGAAGCCGUGAAUCUUUUCAGUUCCAGACUUUUAGACAUGGCAGGGGUAAAAGAUCAGGGGUAUAUUUUAGGCGUUACAUCAGUCGUCGGAUUCAUUAAGAUUGGCAUCAUCUUAACCGCACGUUUUAUAAUGGACAAAAUCGGACGGCAACCUUUGCUUCUUGUCAGCGUAGCUGGCAUGAUCCUAUCCCUCGCUGGUUUAGGCUUCGGAUUGACGAUCUUUUGUCAUUCGGAUGAGAAAUUAAUAUGGGCCGUUGAUAUGGGCGUGGCCAUGGCUUUCCUUUGCGCAGCGUUUUUUUCUGCUGGAUUGGUCCCCAUCACGUGGGUCUACAGCUCGGAGGUUUUACCUUUGAGAUUAAGAGCCCAAGGGGCAAGUCUAGGGGCAGCAGUUAAUCUGGAUACACGUGGCUUAACAUCGUUGGCUUUCAUAUCAUCGCACGGUGUGUCACUGUUGGAGGGGCGUUUCUGUUGUUCGCGGGAGUGGCAUCAGUGGCGUGGUUGUUUUUUUAUAAGUUGCUACCUGAAACACAUGGGAAAUCCUUUGAGGAGAAGGAAAUCAGACGUGGUGGUGUUGUUGGUACAUCAGAUGAUGAAGAAUCAUCCAAGCUUGACGGACGCGUGGCAGGAUCAGAACGGUUAGAUGGUCAUGAAAUCCCAUUCUUAGAGAGAAAAUUGCGCAAGAAAAGUGCGUCUUUCCCGGCAUAUCGACCAUCUUCCUCAAUGAAAAUUUAUUUCACAUCAAACAUAGCCCA